AUGGAAGAUGUCCCAAGCUCCUCUGAUCCCGGAACUGCCUUUUACGUGUAUUAUUAUGGGAUGUUUUUUGUUAUUGCUUGUAUUAACAUACCAGGUAAUAUCCUGGUCAUUGUAACUGUUAUAAAAUCUCCAAAUCUACAGAAACCAUGUAAUUUCUGUAUCGUCAGUUUGGCGUUUACAGAUUUACUUAUCGGAUUCAUUUAUCCCGUCUACAACGUCUCUCAUCUGGAAACCUUGCCAGAAAUUAGUCGUCCAUUAGGCCAGUGGAAUGUUUGUCGGUUUCUGGUGAGUGAGGUCAUCGCAUUGGACAUCUGCUCAUCAUAUCAUUUAGUAGCCAUUACCGUCACUCGAUAUAUCGCCAUUGUGAACCCAUUACGUUAUCAUAUAUACGUCACGAAAAGGUCAACUAAUUUCGUCAUAGUUAUGAUCUGGGUCCUGUCACAGGCUGUUUGUGUAGUAGUGUUCACAAUCUAUAACCCAGAGGAAUACAUCAAAAAACAGGACCAAGUAUGUCAAUACGAGCUCAUCUUCUCCACAGCUCACAUGUGUGUCUUUUUCUUUAUACAGCUGAUUCUUCCUCUGUUAAUUAUGAUUCCUAUGUACGCUAGAAUCGCCGCUAUUGCAAGGACACAGGCAAAAGCUAUAGCAAUUCUUCAACAAAUUUCAUGGCAUAAAAGACGAGCUUGUUGUUGCCAUGUGAAUCGACAUGAAUUAAAGUCAACAUUUAUGGUCUCGAUUUUAUUAGUAUGCUACACAGUUGCCUGGAUGCCAUUUAUGACAUACUCCUUUUACCGGAUAAAAUGUGUCCAUAAUUGUGACAUUAGUCCAUUCAUAAGGUAA